CCAGAAGAAGAAACGACACUGGCGCAUUCUAGCUCUGAAAUCCUGCUCACUUCCUCUUCAUGGCUUUGAAUAAGUCAUAUAGUAAGUUGUCAGUGAUGCUGGACUUCGGUCGGUUUCCGGGUCACAGGCUGUAGGAGGACCGAAUAUCCGUCAGUUGAAUUAUAUUGAGAAAGAGAGAGAGACAGUUUCCUGUUUGGAACAAUGGCGGCGUCCGAGAAAGCUGUUUCUGCAUCAUUCAUGGAGCCUUUCAAAGACAUUCUGGUGAAUUAUUUAAUGCCAGAGAAAUGUUACGACGAGUUCUUCCUGAAUUUUAAUUUUCUACAUGUGGACUGUCUGAAGAUAAUAAUUAGCAAAGGUUUAGGCAUUGGAAUCAUCCUUGGCUCUGUACUUGUGAAAUUGCCUCAGAUCUUGAAAGUGAUCGGUGCUAAGAGUGCAGAAGGACUGAGUUUUAAAUCUGUGAUGCUGGAGCUGCUUGCCAUCACAGGCACUAUGGCCUACAGUAUUGCCAAAAGCUUUCCCUUCAGUGCCUGGGGUGAAGCGUUAUUCCUCAUGUUGCAGACAGUGACUAUUGGAUUUCUUAUCCAGCAUUAUAAAGGAAGCACCGUUAAAGGAUUGGGCUUUCUGGUCAUCUAUUUUUGCCUGGUGGCUGUCCUUAUUUCUCCUCUCACCCCCAUGUCUGUUGUCACCACCAUGCAAGCCUCCAACAUGCCAGCAAUAAUCUUUGGAAGGCUCAUUCAGGCAGGUACCAACUACAGGAACGGCCACACAGGACAGCUGUCAGCUAUUUCUGUGUUCCUGCUGUUUGGUGGUUCCCUGGCACGUAUAUUCACUACAGUGCAGGAGACAGGUGACUCCCUGAUGGCUCUUUCUUAUAUCAUCUCAUCCUGCUGUAAUGGACUGAUCGCUGCUCAGGUUCUGUAUUACUGGAAUGUCAGUCCAGCAGUUAAGAAGAAGGCUGAGUAAACCUGCCACAAAACAGUGAGGACCUGAGGCUCGUAGUGCUCUACGUCCACUCCAGUUAACUUGCUGCUUUCAGCAACUUGUAUGGAAUCUACAUGUAAAUUUGGAAUGAAAUCCAUUUAAGUGGUUUUGAAUGUUGAUCUCUUUUGAGAUCGGUUGUUUAAAGCAGCAGGUUUCACAGUGUUGGUACAUACACACUUUAAACAAGUAGUGAGUGGAAAGGUAUGCCUACAGAGGUAUGCCUAUACAGAAGGGUAUCUAUUAUUACACCUGUUAAAAAGCAUUGUUGUGGCCUAAACUGUAGGACCAAAAAGGAACUUUCAGAAGGACCCCUUAUCUCAGUGAUUGAUGAUAUUUCCAUUGACUGUGGGUUGCAAUGCCUAUUCUGUCCAGUUUUCCUUAUUUCCUUAUAAUUUCUUUAGCUCAGGGAAAGGAGAAAUUUUAUUCAUAUUUUAGAAACCUGUGCACCAUGGAAAUACGUUUUACUGUUUGUUGGGUUCAUUGUUUAUAUUCCUUAAUUGUUAUAGAUGUACCAAUUUUUUCUAGUAAAGGUAAAGGUAAAACAUCACAAAUGAAAUCAAUGGCCAGCUAAAUGUGACUCACAGAUUUUUGUUUGCGUGAAAUGUUGUUGAAGAUCGUGUUGAUGUAAUGGUUUUACUCAUUUAGUAUGAGUGUUACCUCAAAGUUUUGUUCCAAACACAUCUGAAUUGUGCAUAGAGAAAUAUCUUUUUCCAUACAGUUCUGAUAUUUUUAAGCUUAUUGCAGAAUGAAACAGAAAUCUUCAGUUUGGUAAUAACCAGUCAUUAUCAAGUAGGAACUGAAAUGUGGCAAAAUGUGAAUGGAUAGCUGAAUAACGUCCUUUACACUUGUCCUUGUAACAUGCCUAUAUUGCUGUAUUGAAGGAUGAACAAAGUGGUGAGUUGGACAAAUUGAUUGGUUGGCUGCAGAAAAUUAGAAUUCUUGAACUGAAUUUUUGUUACAUUGAAACUGUGUUAGUUUGUCUGUUAAAAUUUUGUUUUGACACUAUAUGCUUCCUUGGUAGUAGUUUAAGCAUUUCAGUUAAUUUAGUUAAACUGCUGGAUACAGUGAAUUCUAUAAUCUGUCCACAGAUCAUACUGUCUUUUUCUUUUCCCCAAGUCAGUGGGUCCACCAACAUAACGUACACUAUGAAUUCUUCUUCUGAAUUAAAAUGUAAUAAACCCAAA